AUGUCCCCUGGGAAGCUGGCAAUUAUUUUUGGGCUGGGAGUAGCUGCGGUGCUUAUAAUACAAAGUGGAGACCCGCUGGACUCCUGGUACCCGGUAUGGCGGGAAACCGGGCUGCUCGCACGCGCGGGGGUGUUCCUCAUCGCCGGGGCUUUCCUCUUCACCCUAGGCUGGCUACACGGGUUCCUCUUCGGUCCCCUGGAGUUGCUAAGGGGGCCGGAUGAUGUGGGAUACAUCGUCGAGAACGGUCGCUCGAAAUCCCAGGCUGCAAACGAGGUCCGCCGCAGAAGGAGAACCGGAGACCUGCCCCCGGUGUAUCCGAACGGCUGGUACCGAGUGCUGGACUCACACAUGCUGCCGAGGGGAGAGGUCAGGAGUAUCACGGUGCUAGGUGAGCAGGUGGCAGUGUUUCGGGGCCAGGAUGGGGAAGCCUACGUGGUGGAUGCCUACUGCCCUCACCUGGGUGCCAACCUGGCUGUGGGAGGACAGGUGGUGGGGAACUGCAUAGAGUGCCCGUUUCAUGGAUGGCAGUUUCGGGGAACGGAUGGCAAGUGUGUGAAGAUCCCCUACGCAGAAAAGGUGCCAGAGUUUGCCAAGGUGCGCAUCUGGCCCAGCUGUGAGCUCAACGGGCUGGUCCUGGUUUGGUUUCACUGCGAUGGAGAAGAUCCUCAGUGGCUGGUCCCGGAGCAGCAGGAAAUUACAACGGGAGAGUGGGUGUACCGCGGGAGAACUGAACACGCUAUCAACGCUCACAUACAAGAGAUUCCUGAGAACGCAGCAGACAUCGCUCACCUCGGUCACCUUCACACGCCGGCCAUUGUCAGCGGAGUAGAUCUGCGAUACACCAACAGCAAAACCUGGGAAUUCCUGCGGCAUGACUGGAAGGUUCAUUGGGAGCCAGAGGCAGAGCCCAACAAGCAUUGUUCUCAGAUGUUAGUGAAACAUGCUCUUACUGUCUUCGGAUGCACCUGGCCUCUUCUGGAUGUCAGUGUUUUGGCCAGACAGGUGGGUCCAGGAGUCGUGUUUCUGCUGAUUGAACACAGCUUCUUGGGCCGGGGCGUUAUCCUGCAGUGUGUGACUCCAGUGGAGCCUCUGCUGCAGAUUGUCACUCACACCAUCUUCUACCAGUCUAAUAUCCCUCCUCUGGUCCCCAAAUUCAUCCUCAAAGGAGAGUCCAUUCAGUUCGAGCGGGACGUAAUGAUCUGGAACAAUAAGAAGUACAUUUCCAAACCUCUCCUCGUGAAGGAGGACUCAGCCAUCCAGAAGCACAGGCGCUGGUUCAGUCAGUUCUACAGCGACAACAGCCCUCGGCUGCGACACCAGCGUGACACUUUGGACUUUUGAUCUCCCUGAAUCACAGGAGGAGAGAUCAGCGGAGAGAUGUCAGGUCAGACCAGGGUUGACAUCAAUCAGAGGUGUCAGGGGAGGAAGUCUUGGCUUGGAUGUUUUAACUGUCAUAUAUAAUAAAUGAAAGGAGGAUGGACCUGUUUCUGGGCUCUUCUGAAAGCCUGAACCUUAAAUUACCCUUCUUUCAGUCUUACUGAAGUUGCUUGUAUCGAUCUACAGCUUUAUACACAAGUGCCUACAGCUGUCAUGUCCCCUGGUUGGACUGGAAUGAAUAUAAUAUUAUUUAUAAUGUAAUAAGUGACUGAACCUACAAAGCAAGCAAUACUGAGAUCACCACUAUUGCCUCGUUUAUAACUUGUCAGAGCAAUUUUACUCUGCAACAUGUGAAUGAUUACCUUUACUGUGAUACAUGUAGUAACUGUAUUCUUCUUAAGUGACUUUCAAGCAGUUUUCUUCGAAUGUUUUAUAUGGGUUAAUAUAUAAACCUCUAUUUUGAGUUUAGGGGAAACUGCUGUCAUGUGAUUCGAUAUGUUUGUCUCUCACUUUGGCUUUAUCUUCUUCUGCCACAGGUAUAACGGCAGGUGUGUUUGUUGUUUAAUUGAUAUCUCAGGUUACUCAACAGUUGGCUGAUAGGGAUUAUUUAGAAAAAAGCUGUAUCGAAUGACAACUUUAAGGCUUUUCCUUCAACGUCGAUUCCUCAUCUCUCAUAACAAUCUUUAGGAUUUUGGGUCGUCAUGACCCAGUGGGAAUUAUGAGUUGGGGUGAAAAAUAGAUUAGCAGUACUGCUCCAUGGGUUGACUGUUCUUUCUGAGAAAUAAUUACAAUUACAAAGUUAAUUCAAACAUUAAAAGUGUUUCGCAAUUUGUAAAUGGAUUAAGCAAAAAAAAAAAACAUCAUUCUGAGUAAAGUUGAUAGAGGUGAAUUUUAUCCUCCUUUCCCAUAAAUCCGACAACAAUCACAGGUGACCCGAGCCUGAUGAGCUCAUUGCAACGUAACCCAAAUGUUACAAUUCAUUUUAUUUAUUAAACAAAAACACAUAUCGCACCAGAGCGGACAACACUGCAUCAUACGGACCUGGAUUUUCGUAAUUUUACUAAAACAACAUGAUGAUGCUUUAGAGAAGACUUGAAACAAGCGAUUGAGAUCAUGAACUCAUAGGGAAAAUGUUUACUGAGGUCAUAAAUCAAGUGAGAAAUCAGCAAAUUUUCUCAUAGACUUCUAUACUAUCUGAUUCGCCCCCUGCUGGACAUUAGAAGAACUGCAGGUUUCAUGCAAUUCACAUCUCACACCAUAAUGAUAUGAUAUUUUUAUAGCUGUUUCAGGGACUCAAAGUCAGUACAAACAAAUAUCAUCAACAGGCAUGGAUUGAUAGGGCGGGGGUACCUGCAAGUAUGUGCAAUAAUUUUACUCUAAAUGUUUUAUUUAUACGUGUGUCUUUUAUUGACAAAUGCACAAUGAAACCCUUUAUUUAAAAUGAGUGUAAAGCUAAACUCUGAUCAUUCAUGUUCCUCUUACCACACUGUUUGGGUAUUAUUCCAUGAUGUUUCCAUCACUGCUCUGGCAAGUCUACAUAUAAGACAUCAGUGUCUCUUUAUUUACUCCCAGCAAACACUGGUGACUCCGUCCUAGUGAUGACUGCAAUGCUUCAAGGCUUUAUUGAAUAAAACUAGUGUGCAAUAAUCUUCAGUUGCCAUGGGUGAUUGGGGCUGAUUAUGUUGGAUUGCUCGGCAUUACAUUUUAAAAUCCGAAAGAGAAGACGCAAUACAAAGCAAUGUAAAAAACCCUCACAGUACUUGAGGUUAAUGUCAGAUGAUCUAUGUUCCCUCUCAAUAUUAAGAUGUAUUUUUGUCACUGGCUGAUCUCUAUAUGUAUUGAUUAU